AACAAGCCGCGAAGAUCUCAAGGUAUUCAUUUACUUGAAUUGGGCCAGCUGGCUGCUUGCUGCGUACAGCUUUCCAAUAAUAUGACUCUAGGGCUCCAGGGCACGAUGAUUGUGGAGGCUCACAUCCACAGCAACCUUACCGUAUUGCAGAAUCAGGCACCGGAUGGCGAGACCAGCUCCUAUUCGUCUUUCCGCGGGAAACCCUGCUAGUGCGGCGCUUCACUGCAAGCUCGACCCUGGCCAGUCUAGAUCCUUUGCAAGAAUUGAAGAAACAGCGGUCUACGGGAUAUCACGUCGUGGAGUUCACUCCUGAGCUCAUAGGCGCAAAGUACCUUGAAGGUUUGUCAACCGAUGUCCUUGACGCCCGGCAUGACCAAUCAGUCGAUGUUUCAUGACACCUUCUCGAAGCUCUUGGCAUCACGCAAGACAGGUCGGCCCGGGACCGCAAACUCCAUCCUUUGUAGGUCUGAUACUUGGCUUACACUUGAGAUCAGGAACGUGGUUGAACGGAGUACCCGGCAGAGUACCCGGGGAGUAUCCGGCGUCGUCAGCCAGGCCACUGAUGUCAUAAAAUCAUCCAUGAUAUGAUGCUAGUCAAAACGUCCAACUUGGCCUCAUUUUCUAUAAAUAUUGUCAUCGAAACAUUGUUUGGGGCGAGAACUAUAUUUGGAGUUCACGCCACAGGCCGAGCGGCAACCCGGGAGUUUU